AUGGAAUUUAAAAAGUCUCCUGAUGGUGGAUGGGGCUGGGUGAUCGUGCUUGUCUCCUUCUUUACUCAGUUUUUGUGUUAUGGAUCCCCGUUAGCUGUUGGAGUCUUGUACAUAGAGUGGCUCGACGCCUUUGGUGAAGGGAAAGGAAAAACAGCCUGGGUCGGAUCCCUUGCAAGUGGAGUUGGCUUGCUUGCAAGUCCCGUCUGCAGCCUCUGUGUCUCAUCUUUUGGAGCAAGACCUGUGACGAUCUUCAGUGGCUUCAUGGUGGCUGGAGGCCUAAUGUUGAGCAGUUUUGCCCCCAAUAUCUACUUUCUGCUUUUUUCCUAUGGCAUUGUUGUAGGUCUCGGAUGUGGUUUAUUAUACACUGCAACAGUGACCAUUACGUGCCAGUAUUUUGACAGCCGCCGAGGCCUUGCGCUUGGCCUGAUUUCAACAGGUUCAAGUGUUGGGCUUUUUAUAUAUGCUGCUCUGCAGAGGCUGCUGAUUGAGUUCUAUGGACUGGAUGGAUGCCUGCUGAUUGUGGGGGCUUUAGCUUUAAAUAUAUUAGCCUGUGGCAGUCUGAUGAGACCUCUCCAGACCUCUGAUUGUCCUUUGCCUGAAAAAACAGCUCUGGAAAAUGUACCAGAUAGAUACUCCAUUUACAAUGAAAAAGAAAAGAAUCUGGAAGAAAACAUAAACAUUCUUGAAAAGAAUUACACUAGAGAGGAAAUCUGCAAGAGCACCUUAGCCAAUGGUGACUGGAAACAGGAGAGUUUACUUCAUAAGAACCCAACAACGGCACACACAAAAGAGACUGAAACCUACAAAAAGAAAGUGGCAGAACAGACAUAUUUUUGCACACAGCUUGCCAAGAGGAAGUGGCAAUUAUAUAAAAACUACUGUGGAGAAACUGUGGCUCUUUUUAAAAACAAAGUAUUUUUAGCGCUCUUCGUUGCUAUCUUUCUUUUUGACAUCGGAGGGUUUCCACCUUCAUUACUUAUGGAAGAUGUAGCAAGAAGUUCAAACGUAAAAGAAGAAGAGUUUAUUAUGCCUCUUAUUUCCAUUAUUGGCAUUAUGACAACAGUUGGUAAACUCCUUUUAGGGAUCCUGGCUGACUUCAAGUGGAUUAAUACCUUAUAUCUUUACGUAGCUACCUUAAUCAUCAUGGGCCUGGCCUUGUGUGCAAUUCCAUUUGCCAAAAGUUAUGUCACGUUGGCAAUACUUUCUGGGAUCGUAGGGUUUCUUACUGGUAAUUGGUCCAUCUUCCCAUAUGUGACCACAAAAACUGUGGGAAUUGAAAAAUUAGCCCAUGCCUAUGGGAUAUUAAUGUUCUUUGCUGGACUUGGAAGUAGCCUUGGACCACCUAUUGUUGGUUGGUUUUUCGACUGGACCCAGACAUAUGACAUUGCAUUUUAUUUUAGUGGCUUCUGCGUCCUGCUGGGAGGUUUUAUUCUGCUGCUGGCAGCCUUGCCCCUCUGGGAUAGAUGCAACAAGCAACUCCCUAAGCCAGCUUCAGCGACCUUUUUGUACAAAGUUGCCUCUAAUGUUUAGAGGAAUAUCGGAAGGCACUACAAGACUGUUUUCUCAUAGCAAAAUUUCACUGUGGCUGACUCUGAAUGCAUUUUUUUUUUUACAUAUCUUAUGCUCUAUGUACUGUAUACAUAGUUUCUAUCUCCUGUAUUUUUUUUUUUUUCUCUUUUUUCUUUUUCCAAGAACUGGGAGUAUUCUGUUUUACUAGUAUUCAUGAGUUCUUGACACUGUAGAAAUUUUGGCCAGCCUCAGAAGGCUUUCUCUGUGUCAAGAAGUAUAAUUUCUCUGCAGACUCCAUUAGUUCCAUUGCAAGGCGCCCAGGGGGCACUCUUCUGUUUUAAAACUGAUGCAAGCAGCCUGAUGAGAUAUGUGUGAAGGCCGCUGGGAACUAACUCACUCUCUUCUCUGUUAGACUAGCUAGUAAAUAGAAGACUUUGAGACAGUCAGGCAAUGAACAUGAUUACUAAAACAGCCUUAAGAAUUGCAGUGAAGCAAACUGAUCCUUUUAAAAAAAAUAUUUUAAAUUAUAGUUACUAGUUUUCUUUAUUCUAUUGUAUUUACCUUGAUGAAGCACCCACAUGUUUGCUGUCCAUUGAGCAUGAAUUGUUUCAAUUCCUAAGGUGUUUGUUGAGAUGCAGGCAGUCUCCAAACAGAGGGGUGGUCACUGCCGCCCUUCGUCAUAGUGGGCUGCUAUAACCUUGCUCAUUUUUCUUUGUCAGCAUCCGCUCAGCUGAUGUUUCCCAGAAAGUGCUGAUUUUACCUGUUUCCAAAUUGGAAAUGCAUAUUUAAACCAUUCCAUUCUUGCAAAUGGAAAACAUCCAUUUGCUUUGGGCACAGUGGGGAUGAAUUGCAAGUCCUUGCAUAUCUUCUCAGUGAAGGGUUUAUUUGCUACUAUCCGAUUUUACCAGUAUCAAACCUUAAUUCGCGGGCAGAACUAAAAAGUGUUUGUGUGUGUGUGUGUGUGUGUGUGUGUGUGUGUGUGUGUGUGGGUGUGUUGUGCUCUGAGUCUGUAGGAUAUGAGAAGGGAAAAAGGCAAUAAGAAAUUGCUACCCUGAUCCAACUUCAUUCAAUCUUAAGAAAAAUGUUCUAGGAAGAAAAUCAAUGUUUAAUAAAUUGACAUUUUU